AUGACUCUGUCCAGAAUUGGAUCAUCUCCGGAAUCGUCCAAUAGAGGGGAAGCCACACGGCGGUUUUGGAAAGGGGUUUGGCACCUAAAAAUUCCGAACAAGAUCAAGGGUUUUGCAUGGAAGGCUUGCUUGAAUAUUAUCCCCACCCGGGACCGAUUAUGGCAACGCCGAGUGCCUAUUGAACUUGGGUGUGACUAUUGUGACGAAGCUGUGGAGACUUUAAUGCACUGUGUUAAGGAAUGUGAUGUGGCGCAACAAGUAUGGGCUGCUAGUCCUUUGCCGUUUGUUACAGAUAUUGGGGUGGGGUAUGAUUUUUAUCAUUGGGUAGUUGAGGUUGCGAAACAAGUUGAUGAGGCCGGCUUGGGGCUGUUCUUUGCACUGUGUUGGGGCUUGUGGUUUGCUCGAAACCAAGCCAUAUUCAAUAAUGUUAAGCGGGUUGCGCCGGUGAUUGUGCAGACAGUGUGUACUUAUUUACAAGACUUCUGUCAAGUCAGAGCCCAAGUUCAAGGAUUGCAGGUCUGUCCUAGUCCGUCGAGAUGGAGGCCACCGCCAGUGGGUGUGUUAAAGAUUAAUUUCGAUGCGGCGACUUUUGAUGCUCUGGAGGCCAUUGGGGUAGGUGUGAUUGUUCGGGAGGCGCAUGGUACAGUUCUUGCUGCCAUGUCGGAACGACUGCCGCAUUGGGUUGAUGCAGAUUGUGCUGAAGCUUUCGCCGCGGCAAGUGCGAUUGCGUUCGGGGCAGAACUGGGUCUGCAUCAUAUUCACUUGGAGGGGGACUCUUUAUCCAUUAUAAAAGCUUUGCAAUGUGAGGAUCAUCUGCUCUCCACGUUUGGCCAUAUUCUUCAAGGUGCUCUGAGUACAAGCCGCUGUUUCACCAGUUUUUGCUGCUCGCAUGUGUUGCGCAAUGGAAAUAAGGCUGCUCAUGGGCUGGCUCGUAUGGCGGGUCAUGUGAUCGGUAAGAGAGUUUGGAGGAAUGAUGUGCCAGCUGAUUUAUGUAAGAUUAUUCGGGCUGAGUCUGUUUAG